AAGUCGCCUGUGGAAUGGAGUUGUUAUUUAAUAUCGUCAUAUGCACAUUAAAAAGGAAGCAUAUACAGUUGUGACAUCUAUCAUCUAUACUAUCCAAGUCUAUGCAGUUAUGCAAAGUGGACUUUGCGUCAGUGUUGACCUCAUGUUUGCCGUAUUUUUUUUGUAUUCAUCAGCCAGAUUGGAGAUGUUAUGUUUGGAAAUACAAACUGCAAAAAAUAAAAGACAGAUUAAUUCAUGCAUCAAGAAACAUCAGAAAAUAAUCCGGUUUGUUGAUAAAACAAAAGAUGUUGUACAAUUUAGCCUUUUUAAAACGAACAUUUUGAUGGCAGUAAUGUCUAUUUGCGGUACUUUUCCAAUUAUUCAUAAACAAUCGUUGGAAGUAUCAUCGCAAUUUCUUUGUUUGGUAUUAGCUGGAUAUCAAAGAUUAUACAUUACUGCUUGGCCAGCCAACGAUUUAAUGGAAAAUAGUGAACGAGUUGCAAUAGAAAUAUAUAAUAUGUCAUGGCUUGGAAAAUCACAAUACAUCAUUAAAGAUAUGUGUUUUAUUAUGCAAAGAAGUCAAAAACCACUUUUAAUCAGUAUGGGAAUGUUUUUACCAACUUUGACUCUUAAAUAUUAUGCUAAGUAUUUUAUGACAACAUUGUCUUAUUUCGCAACAAUGAGAGCGAUAAUUGGUGAUUAA